UAUUCCUCACAAGCUACGUUCGGGUAUGUCCCCUUCUCGCUUAGUUAGCCAGAGCUAUUUGGUUAGCUAGAUAUUUUGUUAGCUAUAUAUAUAUAUUGGACAUCUUGUACGGGAUAUAUGGACGUGAUGGGAUUGAUAUAACAGGCAAAAAAAACUAAGCUAGCAUCAUCUUUUUUUUAAAGUGCAACUAUGUUCGGUCGGUCACGGAGUUGGGGAGGAGGACAGGGGAAAACAAAAAAUAUUCAUUCCCUGGACCAUCUCAAGUAUAUGUACCAUGUCCUGACUAAGAACACGACGGUAACCGACAGCAACAGGAACUUGCUGGUGGAGACCAUUCGCUCCAUCACUGAGAUACUCAUCUGGGGAGACCAGAACGACAGCUCCGUCUUCGACUUCUUCCUGGAGAAGAAUAUGUUUGCGUUCUUUCUGAAUAUCCUUCGCCAGAAGUCAGGUCGCUACGUCUGUGUCCAGCUACUCCAGACGCUCAACAUCCUGUUUGAAAAUAUCAGCCACGAGACGUCGCUCUAUUACCUGCUGUCCAACAACCACGUCAACUCCAUCAUCGUUCACAAGUUUGACUUCUCAGACGAGGAGAUCAUGGCCUAUUAUAUCUCCUUCCUGAAGACCCUGUCACUCAAACUGAACAACCACACCGUACACUUCUUCUAUAACGAGGUGAGGGGGGGACUGGACAACUACCACGAGGUGAGGGGGGGGGGGGGACUGGACAACUACCACGAGGUGAGGGGGGACUGGACAACUACCACGAGGUAUGGGGGGGGACUGGACAACUACCACGAGGUGAGGGGGGCUGGACAACUACCACGAGGUGAGGGGGGGGACUGGACAACUACCACGAGGUGGGGGGGGCUGGACAACUACCACGAGGUGAGGGGGGGGCUGGACAACUACCACGAGGUGAGGGCUGGGCUGGACAACUACCACGAG